AUGGCUCGUGGACUCUGUUCUUACCUGACGGCUGGUCUGCUGGUCGUUCUGUCCCAGACAACGCCAGCUCACUGCCACUCACCUUCGUUGGACGCUAUCAACAUUGGACCCAACUAUGCACACCCACUGGAAGAUCUUGACAAGGACCUCCCUUUCUCUCAACCCGUCACAUUCGCCCAUUUACCCUGGCAGCGAUGUUUCUCCGCAGCACACCGAGAACCCGUCGACAUUGCCCUCGUAGGAUUUCCCUACGACACAUCGACAUCCUACCGUCCAGGAGCACGCUUUGGCCCGCGCGGGAUUCGCGCAGCCAGCUCUCGCGAGAAAAAGGGCCGCAGCUUCAACACAGUCUGGGACAUCGACCCACUGACGGCGGGAAACCUCAGCAUCGUCGACUGUGGCGACAUCCCCAUCACGCCCUUUGACGCACAGCACGCCUUCAUCCAGAUGGAGCAAGGCUACCGACAGAUCCUGUACCACAACACGACCACGGCCUCGGGCCCAGCGUGGCCACAGCCCCGCAUCCUCAGCCUCGGAGGCGAUCAUUCGAUCGUGCUCCCCAUCCUGCGCAGCCUCAAGCAGGUCUACGGCCCCAUCUCCGUCAUCCACCUCGACUCGCACCUCGACACCUGGGACCCGUACGCCGGCUACACAGGCAUCGUCUCGGAGCAAUCGGCAAUCACGCACGGGACUUUCUUCUGGCACGCGUCGCGUGAAGGCUGCAUUUCGAAGGGCACAUCUGUGCACGGCGGACUACGCACGAAACUAUUUAGUCCGAACGACUACGUCAUCGACCGGGACGACGUGGGCUUCACGCUGAUCGAAGCGCACGAAAUCGACGACAUCGGCGUCGCGGGCAUCGUCGACAAGGUCCGCCGCGUCGUGGGCGACACGCCCGUCUACCUCAGCAUCGACAUCGACGUUCUGGAUCCGAGUAUCGCCCCGGCGACGGGGACGCCGGAGAGCGGUGGCUGGACGACCCGGGAGGUGAAACGGUUCAUCAAGGGCUUGGAGGGUGUGAGGCUCGUGGGCGCCGAUGUCGUCGAGGUCAGUCCCCCCUAUGAUACCGUGGCCGAGGUCACCAGUGUUGCUGCCAGUGAUCUGCUCGUGGAUAUUCUUGCCUUGAUGGUUAAGGAUUCCGUGCUUGGCUCUGCAGCUGGUGCAGCUGGUCGAGGGUCUGAGAAGGAUGAGUUAUAG